CUGGUUAAUUAUUCUAGCGGACUUAUUAUGGGAGAAGAGCUGGAAACCAAGAGCCGGUCUCUUCCAUGGAAGGUUCUAAAUUGUCUCCUCGAGCUUCACUCUAUGGAGCUGGUCUCACUCCAUCUGAGCACUUCCGUCACAUGCGAGGAUAUUAUCACCAACCUCCAGUUGAACUUGAAGAGAUCAUGUUGUUGCACCAUAGACUCUUGUUGCGAGGAGGGGACACUUAUGAUCGAUAUAGGGAUUGGCGGCUUGAUGUUGAUGAUAUGACAUACGAGGAAUUGCUUGAACUGGGUGAUAAGAUUGGACAUGUCAGCACUGGAUUGAGAGAAGAAGAAAUUGAAUGCAGCAUUAGAAAAUUGAAUCGCUCCAUCUAUGAUAAACUCUUCUUAUCCACUGACAUGGAGAGAAAAUGCAGCAUUUGUCAAGAGGAAUAUGAAGCGGAAGAUGAAGUGGGAAAGCUGGGUUGCGGCCAUAGCUAUCAUAUACAUUGCGUAAGAAAGUGGCUUCUUCAGAAGAAUACGUGCCCAGUCUGCAAGACUGCUGUCAGUAAAACUUAAUUUUGCAUAAAAAUUUAAUGUUUUUUAUAGAAUUAUCUGCGCACUGCUGCUAAUUUAU